AUGCCUCAAUGUCGGACAGACUGUAUUCAGAGACCUCUGGCUCUUGGUUUUGGUGGUCUUGGUAAGCUGGUGGGAAGGUACCCCUGGUGGUUCCUAGCAAUUCCUUUAGUUUUAUCUGCUGGGUUGGGGGCUGGUUUUUACUUUUUACCUCAGAGACAAGCGAAUGACAUAGAGGAUCAGUUCACACCAACUUUGGGUCCAGCUAAAAGUGAAAGAGAAUUUGUAAAGUUGCAUUUUCCCACCAAGGACUCGGGGCAGUUUUCUGCACAGCGACUAUACACAGAAGGUACAUUUGUCUCUCUCUUAGCAGUCAGCACGUCUGAUAAUGUCAUAAAUGUUAACACGUUCAGAGAGCUUAUGCAGCUGGAUGAGAUGGUGCAGAACUUCACAAUCCAACUAUCUGAACCUGGUGCAGUUCUUAGUUUUCAGCAGUUGUGUGCUCAGGACCAGGAUAUGCAAUGUAUCCCAGCUAAUCCGCUCCUAUCUUUAGUAAAAGAUAAUGUCAGUUUAAUAGAAACAAUACGUAUAACGUACCCCAUGCUGCAAGGAAGAAUUUUUCUAGGCCAGUACAUAGGUGGGGUGACAUUGGAUUCAGACAAAGUCUUGCAGAAAGCCAAAGCAUUAAAGUUAAUGUACUACCUUAGAGAAGACAACAAGAAGGACCAGAAUGAUAGCCUGCAAUGGAUCAAUCACUUCAUCAAAUCCAUCUCAGAAAAUGUAGACAAACUACAACUGAAGAAUAUACAGGUAUCUUACUUCUCAUCAGUAUCAAGGCAGCAAGAAUUUGAAGGCAUAACAUCAACUGUGAUUCCACUGUUUUCUAUAACGUACUUUAUUACCAUCUUCUUUUCAAUUGUGUCAUGCAUCAGACUUGAUUGUGUGAGGAACAAAUCCUGGGUGGCUGUCUUUGGAGUCCUUUCUUCCGGAUUAGCUGUUCUCUCCAGUUUUGGCCUUUUAUUAAUUUGUGGAGUGCCUUUUGUUGUCACUGUUGCAAAUGCUCCAUUUCUUAUUUUAGGUGUCGGGGUGGACGACAUGUUCAUUAUGAUUUCCAGCUGGCAACAAACUAAAGUAAAGCAUAAAGUUGAAGAAAGGAUGGCAGAGACGUACGCUGAAGCCGCUGUCUCCCUAACAAUCACAACACUCACAGAUGUUCUAGCUUUCUACAUUGGAAUUCUGACCUCUUUCCAGUCAGUGCAGUCAUUCUGUAUAUACACUGGGACGGCCAUCUUGUUCUGUUUUCUGUAUAACAUCACAUUUUUUGGGGCUUUCUUAGCUCUUAAUGGUAGAAGAGAGGAGAAUAACAGGCACUGGCUCAUUUGUAAAAAAGUGUCAGAAAAGAGUGAUGAGCAAAGUUCGUCUGCAUAUAACAUGUGUUGUGUUGGAGGAGGGUACAGCCAAAACACUGGCAAAGAGAUUGACCACCCCAUGACUAUUUUUUUUCAUAAGUAUUAUGGCCCAUUCCUCACAAACAUCUGGACCAAGGUCCUUGUUGGAUUUCUAUAUGCGGGAUAUCUGGCCAGCAGUAUUUAUGGGUGUUUUCAGGUUCAGGAAGGGAUUGAUCUAAGGAAUUUAGCUACUGAUAGUUCUUAUGUUCGUUCCUUCUAUGACAAUGAGGAUUUAUAUUUUUCAGAAUAUGGUCCUAGAGUUAUGGUUGUGGUGACUGAGGAGGUUUCAUACUGGGAUUCCGACGUCCAGAGUAAAAUUGACAGGUGCCUGGAGUCAUUUAUAAAUAACUCCUACGUUAGUGAGUCUUUCUCGGAGUCCUGGUUGAAUGCAUACAGAGGGAUGGCUAACCAGAUGAACUUGAACAUUAGUGACAAGAGCAACUUUAUUUAUAAUUUGUCAAUAUUGUUUAUGGGAUUUCCAGAUUUUAAACAAGACGUGGACAUACAGUCAGGAGCUAUAAGAGCUUCUCGUUUCUUCAUACAGACGGUAAAUGUUACUUCAGCGGUGGAUGAGAGAGACAUGUUAAACCAAGUCAGGGACACAGCAAAGAGCUGUGAGAUCCCGCUUCUUGUAUAUCAUCCAGCAUUUAUAUAUUUUGACCAAUAUGCCGUAAUCAUAGAGAACACCAUACAGAAUGUUGCUGUUGCUGCAGGUGCCAUGCUUGUGAUCUCGCUCCUCCUAAUUCCAAACCCUCUGUGCUCCUUGUGGGUGACAUUUACCAUAGCUUCUAUCAUAGUGGGUGUUACUGGUUUCAUGGCUUAUUGGGAUGUUAACUUAGAUUCCAUCUCCAUGAUCAACCUUGUCAUCUGCAUUGGAUUCUCUGUAGACUUUUCUGCUCACAUUACAUAUGCUUAUGUCUCCAAUCACAAAGCCAAAGGAAAUGAAAGGGUGAUUGAUGCUUUACAUUCUCUGGGUUAUCCUAUAGUACAGGGGGCUUUAUCCACCAUCUUGGGGGUUAUAGUCCUCGCUGCAGCUGAGAGUUAUAUCUUCCGAACGUUUUUUAAAAUUAUGUUUCUUGUUAUUGCAUUUGGGAUGUUACAUGGACUGGUUUUCCUUCCUGUUUUUUUAACUUUUUUUGGCAAUUGUGGUAGAAAAGAGGACAAUACUAGGAAGAUACAAUCUCAAAUGGAUAUAUUUCCUGCUGUGGGAGGCUACUCAAACAAGAAUCAAGGUUUUGGUGGUGUAUCAUGGGAAAUGGACUUAAAUAAGCAGAAAAUAACAUCCAGUUAUUAUAAUAAUAGUUUCUGCUCAGAUCCAGACUGUCCAUAA